CAAAUUCUGGCAUCAUGGACACAGGCCUUAAGGGAUUGGCCCAAGAAGGAUAAAAACGAAUCAAGAAGAUCGCGGAGCUCGAGGACCGGUCGUGAGAGUGUGGUCAACGAAUUACUUGUUGCAACAGAGAAAACUCGGGGUUAUCAAGAGAUAGAUAGAGAGAGAGAAAGAGUAUUUUGCGAUCUGUAAAAGCGUUGUUCGAGCAUCGUACGUCCAGGUCCAGCUGUUAUGGACAUGGUGAUCACGAAUUUACAACAGCAACGUCAAGUGACGGAGCAGCUGCGCCGCGAGGCCGCUCUGAAGCGGAUCACGGUGAGCAAAGCCGUCGAGGAUAUCAUGAAAUACAUUACCGAGCACGAACAGGAGGACUGCCUGCUGGUGGGCUUCUCGUCGCAGAAAUCCAAUCCCUUUCGUGAGAAAAGCACCUGCAUCAUACUUUAAGCCCGCAUGCUUGAAAUGAGAAGACGUGGCGAAGGGGAGACAAACAACAAUGUCAUUUUUGUGCGUCCUUGCAAUUGCGCGCCGUUUCAUUGUGACAAUGAGUAUAUACAAGUGUAGAAUCUAAGUAAUUUUCUAUUUAAAUUAUUUUAUGAUACAUAUUUAUAUAAGAUUGUUGAAAGUGUGCGAUAAAUCAAAUUUUCCAUCUUCCGCCUUAACGUUUGCUGUUGGAAGUAUACUUUUUGCAUAGAAUUUAUAAGAUUUUUUUAUGGACAGUUGUACAGUCUCACAUGAGUUAUGCAGGAAUCUGCGCGUGCCUUACCUUUUCAUGGCCUAAUUCGUUGUAAUCGCGGUAGAUAUAUAUUUCAACGGAACAAUGUAUUUUUGUACGCGCACAUAUACAGAUAAAGGGAGAAAUGCUGUUACAUGUCCAAGUGCAUUUAAAUCGUUAAACUGUUACCGUCGUGAUGCCAAAAGCAAUUUCAUCUUCCUAUAUAUCUAGACUGGUGUUGACAUGUAGUAAAAGUAACGAUAUUUUCACUUUCAAAUAACCAAAGGUCAUAUAUUACCGAAUAAAAUUGUCACUAGUUCUUAUGUAUUAUAUAUAUAAUUAUAAUCUAUGUGAAUUCUCAUGGUGUACACUGCGCAUCGAUUGCGAAUCAUUUUCUUAAACGUUUUUGUCAAGUGCCUAUAUCGAAGUUCAAAACUAACGGCGAUGGAACAAUACAACACACGGACUAUCGAAACGCUCUAUUUAAAAACGUAAGAUUUUUAUCCACGAUUUCACAGGUAUAAGUGCAUUUUUAUUGUGGAAUAAAAUGUAAUGUUUAAAAAAAAUAAUAGUUAUUUUAAUCUUUUAUACGUUUAGCAAGUAGCACCUAGUAGUUUCUUACAAGUUCCUCUUUAUAAUAUCAAGUUCAAUAAAAUGCGACUCUAUAUAUUGUAA